CGAGUCGACGUCUCAUUUCAACGCGAAUCGUCGAAGCAAGCGGUCGCACGCCGGUUCGUCACUUUGGUGGUUGUUGUUGUUUUCGAGUUUCGUAUAUUCGAGCGCGCGUAUUGAAAACCAAGUGCGAGAUCGUGUGAACGUGAAUAUAUAUGCGGGAUAGAGAUACCUUACCUUGUGUCAUAAUACCAGCAGGAUCUUCUCGGUCCUGAGUGAAAAGCGUAGUGAAGUGCUCAUAAUGAGUGUGUGAGCGGAGACAAGUAAACUAAAAGCGAUAAGGUUACAGAUGUCCUAAGCACACAGAUACACAAACACACGCGCAGGGACGAGGGCAGGCAGGACAAGGAUUCCAGGGGACUGGGGACAUGUAACUGGAUCUGGUUACAUGUUGGCUCCUAAGACAACAGCCCGCUCCUUUGGUCGCACUGCAGAAACGGGAGCAACAAAAGCGAGACACCGGAUCGUAUUCACCUCGUCGGCGGAGUGCGAGUGUGCAGCUAAUGCUAAUGCCAGCUCCUUCCAGCCAGCUUGCCACAUCGCCAGCAGCAGCAAGAGCAAUCGCAGGUGUCCCUUCACAGGAAGCGCAGGACAAGGGGACAACUGGACAGGUCCUCCGAACGACAGGCCAACUGACAGCGACAGCGAAGCAUGGCGGUGAUUAAUAAGGCCGGAAGUGUGAUUGCCCUGCUGGUUAGCCUGCAGGUAAUCCUGAUGCAAGUUUCCGGGGAGUUGCCGCAGCUGGACUACGGCAGUCUGCCCGCCUCCCUGGAGGAGGAUGCGAUCGACCCGCUGACGGCCAUGGCUCCCUUCGCCAAUUCCCUGGUCACCGAGGAGUCGGCGCCGCACAAGAACAACGUUGAGCUGCUGGGCAGCAGUGGCGAGGACGAUAGCGCCAAGCCUUCUUCGGGCUCCUCCUCAGCAUCUUCUGGAGCUCCAGCGGGAUCGGGAAUCCUGCUCGAGGAGUUCAACAGCGGCAAACUGACUCCCGGGGAGGCCAGCAACACCCUUCCCAUCUUCCUCAUCGAGCCGGAGAGCGUGUUCGUGGUCAAGAACCGACCAGCCGUGCUCAAGUGCAAGGCCUCCCACUCCCUGCAGGUGAUCUUCAAGUGCAGCGGCAGCUCGCAGCCGCCGCCCUCCACCCACGAGACCCACGUGGACCCCCACACCGGGGUCAACAUGGAGGAAGUCACCGCCACCAUCCACCGCGACCUCGUGGACGAGUUCUUCGGCGACGGCCCCUUCAAGUGCGAGUGCCACGCCUGGUCGUCGCGUGGCGUGGUCAAGAGUCAGGCGGCCACCGUCCACAUUGCCUAUAUUCGCAAGUCCUUCAACCAGUCGCCCACCUCGCUGCGCCUGGAGCUGGGCAGUCGGGCGGAACUGCGCUGCGAGCCACCCGGCGGCUUCCCCGAGCCGAAGCUCACCUGGCACAAGAACAACGCGGUCAUCACGGCGGACAGCGAGCCGGGGAUCAGCGUGUCGGGCGGAACGCUCACCUUUCGCCAGGUGGCCCUCCAGCACAUGGCCAACUACAGCUGCAGCGCGGAGAACAUCGCCGGCAGACGCGUCUCCGACUCCGCCGUGCUCAUCGUAUAUGUGAACGGUGGCUGGAGUACCUGGAGUCCCUGGCGCGAGUGCAAGUGCGCAGGGAAGCCGAGCCAGGGAAGGAAGCGCUCGCGCACCUGCAACAACCCGAUGCCGUUGAAUGGGGGCGCCCAGUGUCCGGGCCCCCAGAUCCAGAAGUCCGCCGACUGCGCCGCAUGUCCAGAGGACACUCAAAUCGUCAGCCCUGAUGGAUUUGACAUUUCGUCGAGUAAGCGCAUGGCCCGCUGGUCGUCGUGGAGUGACUGGAGCAUCUGCUCCGCGGAGUGCAUUCAAGUGCGUCGCCGGAAGUGCCUGACUCAGGGCCAGACUCAGAUUUCCGAGCCGGAGGAAGCCGGCGAUCUGCUCCUGGGAGCCGGAGUGGGCAUGGCCGCCCUCAUCGCCGCGGGUGGAGCGGGAGCGGGAGCGGGAAUAGGAAGCCCCAGCGAGGCGACUGGCUCCAGUUCCGACAACAUCCCGGGAUAUGGCAAAUCAUUGUGCGCCGGAAAAGACAUACAAACGGCGGAAUGCCGCGGCGAGCAGUGCCAGAUUGGCAAGGAUGAUUUCGAUUGGACUCUCUAUCUGGGACUGGCCUUCAUAACCGCCGUGUGCUUCGCCUUCGGAACGGCGCUCAUCUGCUGUGCCCGUCGCGGCAUCCGCACCAAUCCUCACUACAACAUGGCCCGUUCAGUAAUGGACGCGGAUUAUAUGCCCGGCGUUGUGGAAAAGAAGGAGAUGCGCAUGCACAUCGAGGCCAGCAACAUGGGGUACGAUUACGUCAAUCCCGGACAUCGUUACUUGCCCGGGGAGCACAUCAUGGGCAUGGGCAUCGGAUGCGGAGGCGUCACCGAGCACCACUACGAUGUGCCCAAUCUGUCCGCCAACUACACCAAUCCCAUAGAUCAUCUGAGCGUGGACUACUUAUCCGAGACAGGGGAUUCCUCCACAGCAGAUACUUCCAACUCCACUUUUGAUACAAAUGGCAAGCUGUCCAUACUGAACGCCUCGAAGAGCAGCAGCUACGAGCUCCUGGGAAGUUCCGGAGGCCAGCUGCGCCUCUACGGCGGGGAAAUCCUGCUCUUUGUGCCGGAGCACGCAAUCGGAAAGCACCUGAAGAAGCACGUGUCCUUGCUCCUGCUGAGUGACGAGUGCAGUCGCGUGUCCUGCGCCACCGAGAGCUCCAUCCUGUGCAGCAGCGUGGUGCACAGUGCCCCGCGGAACUACAGCUUCGUGAAGCCGGUGAUCCUGAAGAUUCCCCACUGCCUGGUUUCCCCGGAACAGUGGCAUGUGCACAUCUACCACGCGGACAACGAGCGCGACGAGCUGAAUGUGAACUGGCGGAGGGCGGUGUCCGUGGGCGAGGAGACCAUCAACACGCCCAUGUUCGUUCAGCUGGAGGCGACGCACGUGUUCAUCAUGACGGAGCAACUGGGUCACUUCACCGUGGUGGCGGAGCCGAGGAUUCAGCAGCCCUCGAUCAAGAUGAAGCUGCUGGCCUUCAGUCAGCACACCCCACCCAGUAGCGCCAACUGCAGCUUACGCAUCUACGUGGUGAAGGACUUCCCGAACAGCCGGGAUAUCUGCGCCAACGUGGAGGCCAAGCUGGGGGGCAGUUUCCUCGGCGAGAGCCAGGUGUUCGCCUUCACCCUGAACAGCCGCAACCUGAACAUCCGGGUGCGGAGUGCGGACGUGGAGGCAGCGGCCCCCUACGAGCACGCCAUUCCCUACCAGCACAUCCUCAGCAACAACUCGAUCCUGCACUGCGAGUUCAGUCUGCGGAGGCAGGACCAGAACACCCUCUGCGUGGACUUCGGCCAGGGAAGCGAGGACGACUUCUACACCUUCAACAUUCCAGCCCACUGCAUGAGCGGAUCGGCGGAGGAGCUGGCCUCCACGACGAACACCACCAUCUCCAUCGACCGCCAGGGCAACUACGUAAACGAGAGCUGUGUGAUGGACUUCGUCCAGCUGCCGCACGCCACCAAGCGUCUGAUCUGCGCCGCCCUGGAUCCUCCUCGGGCGGACGAGCGGGACUGGCGGUUGCUGGCCAAGAAGCUGAACACGGACCGCUACAUCGCCUACUUUGCCACCAAGGCCUCGCCCACCGAACAAAUCCUCAAUCUGUGGGAGUGUCGGGCGAACAGCAGUCCUGGUAACAGUUCCAACUCAGUGUCGCACACGAUAAUGGCACUCCUGCUGACGCUCAAGGAGAUGGGACGCCAGGAUGUGCUGGACAUAAUCGUGGAGACCAUUGGUCCUCUGUGGAUUUAAGGAAGCCCCGUUUGGCAGCUCCAUUUAAAAGGAUUUUUAUAAAAGGGGAACCUGAUUUUAGUAUUUCUGAAACUAAAGGGAAAAGCUUUACAGAAGGUUAACUUGUAGAAAUUCCAAUUCCGACUAAUUCAAUAAGAAGAGGAAACGAAAAAGGAGUGUUAAGAACUAAGCGUUGAUUUUCUCUGUUGAUUUUUUAAAAGUUUCACUUGUCUCCACCCAAUUUCCAGUGACCAAUCACUACUUGUUUCCAAAGAUACGAACAUAUAACACCUAGAACUGAACCACCUGCAAAGUUUGUUAGCGAGAGACGGGAAAAUCAGCGUGAGGCCCUUGGUCCCUUGUUGUUGAAAACAAAAAUGUUCAUGAGUUGCCUUUUAUUUACAAAAUGUAUGAACGACGCGAACGAAAGACGAAACGAAAUCUGGAAAAUUGGAAUCGAAUUGACAAGAGAUAAUGAAUCAAAGUGUAGCUGUAGUCAUAGUCACUAAGUUACUGUAGUGUUGUGUUCUAAGGUAACUUGCUCAACGAACUCUGUUCCCUAUGGGUGCCAUGCAUUUUAUACACUAGACAGGAAGGAAUGUAGCGUUUAAUUAUACUUGUGGCUUAGCAAACUUAUAGUUUUAAACACUAAACUCUAGUAUUACGAUUGACAAACUGUUUGUGUACAAUACGACAGCUGUAAGAUACGAGUGCAUCGAGGGCGGAAGGCCAGACAUGUAGACUAAGUUGUGGCCAACUACGAAAGACAACCGACAAACAUUUGAGUUCGAAAGCGGGAGUUGUAAACUGUUUGCCAAAUCGUUGAAUUACUCAGCCGACUCUAGUUACGGAUAGUCACUAAAGAGGAGCAGCAUUUAGUAAUCAAAACUAAGCCAUAGCACACAUAUACCCGAAAGUAUGUAGCCUCUCAAAUAAUAUAUAAAGCGUACCCGUAUAUGUAUAUUUAGUGUACGAUAUAGGAAUAGUUAUUAAACAAAACGAGUAGCUUGUUAGACAUACUCAAGUGAUAACCUUUGUAUUUGUCUUUAGUUUUAAGUCUGAUCCUGUCGUUUAAUCGUUACUCAAGUAAGCAUUUACAGAACAAUGAAGUAUACUUAGUGGCUCAAAAGGAAAGUUAAAUAAAAUAAAAACUGCAACAAUAA